AUGCCUGGUCCUUGCCGUGGGCACAGCUGCAGUCUCUACGUAUUGGAUUACGAAGUCAAUCCCGACUAUUACCCCAACGUCAUGGACGUGCUGUCGCAAUGCUCUCAUCUUCGUGAGCUGCGCGUUCAAAACCGCUGCACCGACGAUGACGAUUUAAACGACUGUCACUUCGAGCCCCUCCCGACUGGCCGAAUCAAACUUCCCUGUCUACAGUAUCUUUCGGUCUCGACGAACAACAUCACCAUCCUCCGCACAGUUCUGACUUCACUCUCCACACCUAUCCUUGCCGAAUUCUUCGUCGAUCAAUGGGAGGAAAACGCUGCGCUCGAUAUCGUCAUCCCUUUUCUCAGUAGGCAUUCAGCCACCGUCAAGACGUUGGCCCUUGGGGGCACCAUAUCGUGGCCCUUUCCCCCAAUAUUGCACUCGCUUCCACGCCUGUGGGGUCACCUGCCAAACAUGGAGUGUUUGCGGAUCCACCACGAACGCGGACUCGAUAUCAUAGAUUCUCUCCUCGAGCAUUAUACGAACAGGAAAGCAGAUCCGUCUACUGCUUCCGUCGCGUUUAUUCAGGAAUUGUGGCUGGACGUCCAGGGUGAAAGAUUCUCGGAGAUAUUCCCGGCUAUUGUGGAUGUCGUCGCAGAGCUCAUGGCGCACGGUUCAGACACGCAGUCGUCAACGGACUCUCACAUUCAACCAUCGGAAGGUCCGGAUGUUCUGUCCUCGGCCAGGUCAUCGGUUGGCCCUGCCCGCGAACCGCCCGUAACACCCAAAUUACCGUCCUUGCAGAAGAUGCACCUUCGCAUGGGCCAAUACGAGCCCUAUUUCAUGAGCAAGACGCAUGAUAUUUCCCAUCAGGCGCAGCUCCGAGACGCUUUUCAAGCGGCAUUCGGCCCUUUUGUCGAGGAAGGACUUGCGUUCUCGUGCGAGUUUGUGGACACUGGGAAGAUCAUGAAAGAGUGUAUUAGGGAGGGCGGCCUCUGGACGAGAUACGAGGCGGAUAUUGGACAUACGCUGGAAUGGGCGGAUGAUUGUUCUGCGGGACUUUAG